CUUGGUCUUUGUUUUAUCUCUACUUUUCUUUACGACUCCCUUCUUUCUUUCUUCGUCAUGAACACCCUACUCCUCGUUUUAAUUGCAUCGCUGUGCGGUCUUUCUCGUGCCCUUGCUAUUCCCAUUGCUGCUCGUGACGCACGGCUGAGCCGUUCCAAUGCCGAACCUGGAGUUCGUACUGUGAAGAUCGUUGGAAUGUACGUGUCCAACGAGGAUGACGAUGUGACGAACUUCCAGGACACGGUUUAUGCUACGAACUUGACAAUUGGCGGUCAAAAUGUUCUUAUCCAGCUGGAUACUGGAUCCUCUGAUCUUUGGGUCAACUUGGACCAGGGUUCCAUCCAGUUUGCCAACGUCUCGAACAUUACGGCGUCUCAAUCCUACGGCAUCGGUCAAGUCACAGGCCCGAUCGCCUUCGCCGACGUGUCCAUGGGUCCUCACGAUGUCACAAACCAAGCCUUCAUUAAUGCCACGAACGCAACGGAUUUCGGCACUAUUUUCGGUGAUGGCGUACGCGGUAUCCUCGGUCUCUCCUUUGAUGCAGGCUCUAUUGUCGACCUUGAGAUCGUCGCGCACGACGGCCUCAAUGCGUCCACCGGUCGUUCCUUCAUAACCAACCUGUUCCUGCAAAACGACGACAAUAACCACUUCUUCACUGUCCAGCUCGGCCGCUCUGGCGACCCUCAGUACACUACGGAGGGUUCGUUCACCAUCGGCGAGUACAUCAGCGGAAUGGAGGACAUCGCCAACCAGGCCAAGCUCUCGCGCUUCCCCAACUCUCAGGACAUCAACACCCCGCCGCGUUGGUCCACGCUCGUGAGUGGAAUGUCCAUUAACGGCCAGGCAUUCCCCUUCAAUGCGUCGAGUGUCCCUGGAGCCCCAGAGGGUACCAUCGUUGCGGUCCUUGACACUGGCUUUACGUUCCCGCCUCUUCCCACGGAAGCCGUUACCGCCAUUUACAGCAGUAUUCCGGGUGCAACCUUCGACAACUCUAGCGGCCUGUGGAUUGUCCCGUGCGAGAACUCUACGACACUUGAAUUCCAGUUCGGUGACAUGAACGUUCCUAUCCACCCCUUGGAUAUUACUACUGUUACGGAGUUGAACAACCAGACCGUCUGCGUAAACACGUUCCGUCCGUCGACGUUCCCUGCGAACAACACUCAGUUCGAUAUCAUCCUCGGUGACGCUUUCCUCAAGAACGUUUAUGCCUCUUUCGACUACGGUAACUUCUCAGUAGAGAACCCCGGCGCCAUUCCUUUCAUCCAGCUGCUGCCCACGACGAACCUGACAUCUGCGUUUGAGGAGUUUGCCUCUGUCCGAUCGUCCAUGGUCACUGCUGCUGAGGCGUCUGCUUCCGUUACUGCGACCGCUGUCUCGUCCGCAACGGACGUUUCAUCCGCUGUGCCCACAAUGGACUGCGGUGGCAUGCCUGACUCUGCAGCACCGAGUCCUACUCCGCUCUUCACGUCCGCAUGGUCCAGCACUCCGGCUUCCUCGAGCUGGGCGGGUGUUGCCUCCGCAUCUGGGGUCCCCUCCGCAUCCGGUGUUCCCUCGGGUGGAUCUCCUGCAUCGAACGACACUACCGCUGCCCCGACCGACACCACGUCUGCCAACUCCACCAACCCUAUUUCCACCUCCGAUACGUCCACCGACCCUUCCGCCGACUCGUCUUUCACCAACUCUGACAGCUCCGACCCGUCUGAUUCCCCAAUGACUACCAUGCGCCGCCGCUCGGUUGUCUACGACCCCUCGGCGCCCGGCAUGCACCGCUCGGUCAUCCUGGAGCCUUCGCGCACGGUCAGCGACUGCCUCGGCCCGCUCAUCGAGCAGUAUGGCGCGGUCCUCUUCGCCCUGCUUGGUGGCUCGCUCGUCAUAUCCCUUGUGCUUUGUAUCGUGACCGUCGCGCUGACGCUCCGUAAUCACAUCCGGUCGCAGACACGCAGACGGGCAGCAUACUCGGUCCUCGAGGCCAAGGCAGGUCAGGAAGCCGACCCCGAGGCGGAUGUCCUCUCGGCGACGUACUACUAUCAUGACGACUAUUGAUUCUCUUUAUUUUGAUGAAUAUACGCGGACACUGGGUGUUCUGACGACUUUACGUUUUUAACUUAUCCUUUAUGUUAUCCCCUCACAGUCGCUACAUAGUCCCUUCAUUCAAUCAAUGGAACGUUCCCCAUGACAA